UCUGAGCUGCACUCAUGUGUUGACUUAUGUUCAUACUCAGAUUGGUUGCUAUGAUACUCCUGUGAGGAGUUUACAUAUUGUGGAAAGGCAAGCAAUCACCCUGUCAUGAUCACGAUUGUUCUGUCCUGUGUUAUCUAGUCUGGAUGAUGGUCCCAGACUUGAGUCUGUACAGAAAGGAUUACCAAAGUCUGUGCAAAUUAGAGGAAGAAAGGCAAAUCACAUGGCUACUUUACGGCGACAGCGUUCCAGAGCAACCUCAACUCGGCAAGAUCGUGGUUCCUGCUCUUCUACGGCAUCUUGCCCCGUCUUCUCUGGACCCUACAGUGACCAUGAAGAAGAGCCUCAGCUGCGUCGCCAAUCCUCUCCCUUACUCAAAGGUUCCUUUUCCAGCCUGCAGGGGUCUGUUCCAUGCAUGCAAGGAUCUUUGUCAAGUCUUGACGAACCUUUGACUAACUUUCCGAACUCUUUACCCAAUCUCAGAGCUUCAGUCUCUCGGAUAAAGAGGAGAUCACUUGGAAGCCUGGACAACUCCAUCCCCAGUCCUAUUGAGAGAAGUAAAAGCCCCAGUCUACAGAGUGGCAACGGCAGCUCUAGUGAUGAUGAUGGAAGUUGGGAUACAAAUAGCUGGAGCUCAGUGGCCACCUGCUUACUACGGACUCCUAUUAAGCAAGACAGCAACGAACAGUCUUGCAACACUGAUAAGGUGUCUUCUGCUGCUGAGGGUGAGGAUGAAAUCAUUUACCAAAAUCUUAUCAUUUCACGUCCUCCUGCUAAAUCUGAAAGCAAAAGAGACUAUGAUCAUGAGAAUACUUGCACAACACAAAGGAAAGAUGCCGGACUGCAGAAUAUGUCAUCAUCUUGCAAAAAUGCUUCUUCGGUCUUAUUCCAUCAGUGUGAUGAGAAAUCAGAGGACAUGCGCAAGUUCUCACAGUUUCUAAAUGAAGUGACUUGCAGGGUGUUAAAAUCAAAUGGUGGUCCUCUUCAGCAACCGUUCGUUUUACGACAUUGCGAUCUAACUCCUCCACCACCUCCACCAACUCCAUCUCACACACCACUGCACUCUGCCUUAACAAAUCCACCGCCACCAUUGACAUCAACAACAAACAUGUGGUACAGUCCAACCAGCUCGAACCUUCAGCCGAUUAAGGAGUGUGACUCCAAAGAUAUCACAAGUUCCAUCCACCAGUGGAGCAAGACAUUACCAAGCUGUAGGAUCAUAGAGCCGAGGGAAGUCCUAAGGAAAGUAAAAGAGGAGACUCACUCACACCCAGAGCCCAACCAAGAGCUAUGUGCAAAGAUCCAAGCACAAGCCCCUACUGGGAGACAUUAUCUAGAGACAGACAUUGACAGAGUGAGGCGGCUGGAUGAACUGGUAGCUAAUGGCACCCUUGGGAAAGAGAGAAAUGAAAAAGUGCUUGAAGAAGUGGACGGAACAACCCCUGCCCUGUCUUCAGCUGGCCGGAGCAGCAGUUUCCUAGAAUGUCCUACAGGUCUACCUCAUUGCCCAGACCUCUAA